CAUGACUACUGAGCAACAGGCAACUCGUCUGCACUAAAGGCUCAUCGGAUUUGAAGGAACUGUUGCACACGAUCCCGCCGUGAUGUCGCUCCUCUGUGUCAGAGUGAAAAAAGCCAAACUACACGGCCCUCCAGACAAGUUCAAUGCCUACGUGACUUUAAAGGUGCAAAAUGUGAAGAGUACCACCAUCACAGUCCGAGGGGACCAGCCAUGUUGGGAACAAGACUUCAUGUUUGAGAUCAGUCACCUGGAGUCUGGUUUGGUGGUGGAGCUGUGGAAUAAAGGUUUGAUCUGGGACACCAUGAUCGGCACUGCACUGAUACCUCUGGACACAAUUCAGCAGUCUGACAAGGAGGGACCAGGGAAGUGGACAUCUCUGGACUCUGAGGUGUUAAUGAGGGAGGAUGAGAUAUGUGGAACCACAAACCCAACGCCUCACCAAGUGCUGCUGGACACUCGCUUUGAGCUGCCCUUUGACAUCCCAGAUGACGAGGCUCAGUACUGGACCAGUAAACUGGAACAGAUCAACACCAUGCGGAUACAUGACGAGUAUCCACUGCAGGAAGAGGUCCAGAGAAGACGAAUGGCUUCAAUUCCUUCUCAGUGCUGUGAUUAUUUUGGAUGGAGUGACCAGCAGACUUAUGAUGACCAUGAUAGUGCAGUGGAUGACCGUGACAGUGACUACCGCAGUGAAACUGGCAACAGACCUCCCCGCUACCACAACACCCCUCAGACAAACUCAUCAGUACACCAGUAUCCCAUUGGACACAGGCUUCAACAUCACACGCUGUCCAGGGAGACUGAGUCAAUACAAAGCUAUGAGCUAGACUAUGGAGAAAUGAGGGGGCCAAGUCCACCAAGCAGCAGUCGCUUUGAUUCAUCAGGCAACCUCAGUCCAGUCAGCUCUCAGCUCAGUUCUGAGCCUGAGGAGCGCAGAGAUCCAGAGAUCUGCCCUGCUCACUCACGGCCCCCUCUUGGUAGCCAGUCGUCUACUUGGGACAAGGAAGAAGAGGAUGAGAAUGAGGUUGAGAAAGAACUGCAUCCAUUACCAGAACCUGGAUCCAACAAGGAUUUGAAGGACUCUGAGGUCUUCUCUCCCAAACCAGUCCUGGAAAGCUUUGACAACAAAACUGAAACGAAAAUCAGUUUCUUUGAGGACGGCCCUCCCCCCUGCUCUCCAUCCAGAGUUCGUUGGCUGAAAGCGUACAAUAAAGUGAGAGUAAAUCUCCUUGAGAGCCGAGAUCAAGAUGGUGACCCCAGCAAGCACCCAUGGGCCAAGCCAGGGGGAAACGCACCAUUUGGCAUCGACAGCAUGCCAGACCUCCGCAAGAGGAGGCCCAUUCCCCUUGUUAGUGAACUGGCUAUGUCUAUGAUACAGUCGAGGAAAGCUGGACUCGCCCACACACUGGCCACACGGACCUCCCUGAAAGAUGAGGAGCUGAAAACCCAUGUCUACAAGAAGACCCUGCAGGCUCUGAUCUACCCCAUCUCCUGCACCACGCCACACAAUUUUGAGGUGUGGACAGCCACAACGCCAACAUACUGCUAUGAGUGUGAGGGUCUGCUGUGGGGCAUCGCUCGGCAGGGUAUGAGGUGUGCGGAAUGUGGGGUCAAAGUGCAUGAGAAAUGUCAAGAGCUGCUGAACGCUGACUGCCUGCAGAGAGCGGCUGAGAAGAGCUCCAAGACUGGGGCCGAGGAUCGGACACAGCAUAUCAUCAUGGCGAUGAAAGACAGGAUGAAGAUCCGCGAGAGAAACAAGCCAGAGAUCUUUGAGGAGAUACGGAGGUUGUUUAACAUCAACAAGAUGAUCCACAUUCAGAAUAUGAAGAGCAUCAAGCAGAGCGUCCUGGAUGGCACCUCAAAGUGGUCGGCAAAGAUCACCAUCAAUAUUGUCAGUGCACAGGGUCUCCAGGCGAAGGACAGGACAGGAUCCAGUGACCCAUACGUCACCAUCCAAGUUGGGAAGACCAAGAAGAGGACAAAGACCAUCUAUGGGAACCUGAACCCUGUCUGGGAGGAAAAGUUCAGCUUCGAGUGCCACAACUCGUCUGACCGUGUAAAGCUGCGUGUUUGGGACGAAGAUGACGACAUCAAGUCUCGAGUAAAGCAGAGGCUGAAGAGAGAAUCAGAUGACUUCCUGGGUCAGAGUAUCAUCGAGGUCCGAACUCUGAGUGGAGAGAUGGACGUCUGGUACAACCUGGAAAAAAGAACAGACAAGUCAGCAGUGUCUGGUGCAAUCCGUCUUCAGAUCAGUGUGGAGAUCGAGGGUGAGGAGAAGGUGGCGCCCUACCAUGUACAGUACACGUGCCUUCAUGAGAACAUGUUUCACUUCUCGACAGAUGUGGAGGGCGGCGGCGUGGUGAAGAUUCCAGUGGCUCAUGGCGACGAUGCGUGGAAAGUUUAUUUUGAUGAGGUGCAGCAGGAUAUUGUGGACGAGUUUGCCAUGCGCUACGGCGUCGAGUCCAUUUACCAAGCUAUGACACAUUUCUCCUGCCUGUCCUCUAAGUACAUGCUGUCAGGGGUGCCGGCAGUGAUGAGCACCCUGCUGGCCAACAUCAAUGCCUUCUACGCCCACCCCACCGCCUCCACCAACGUGUCUGCACCGGCCAGAUUUGCAGCCUCCAACUUCGGGAGGGAUCGUUUUGUAAAGCUUCUGGAUCAGCUGCACAACUCCCUCCGUAUCGACCUCUCCAUGUACAGAAACAACUUCCCAGCUAGUAACAAGUCUCGACUCACUGACCUCAAGUCAACUGUGGAUCUUCUCACCAGCAUCACCUUCUUCAGGAUGAAGGUCUUGGAACUGCAGAGUCCUCCCCGGGCUGCCAACGUGGUACGAGACUGUGUUAAAGCCUGUCUGAACUCCACCUACGAAUACAUCUUCAACAACUGUCUGGAGCUCUUCAAUCGACAGUUCCAACCUGCUGAGGAGAAAAAAGAGGAGAGUCAGCCAGAGGAGCAGGGGCCCAGCAUCCAGAAUCUGGACUUCUGGCCUAAACUCAUCACACUCAUUGUGUCGAUCAUUGAGGAGGACAAGAAUUCAUACACGCCCAUUAUUAAUCAGUUUCCUCAAGAACUCAAUGUGGGAAAAGUCAGUGCUGAGGUCAUGUGGAUGCUGUUCGCUCAGGACAUGAAAUAUGCACUGGAAGAGCAUGAGAAGCACAGACUGUGUAAGACGGCUGACUACAUGAACCUGCACUUCAAGGUCAAGUGGCUUUACAACGAGUAUGUGAAGGACCUGCCCACCUUCACGGACAGCGUGCCUGAAUACCCCGUCUGGUUCCUGCAGUUUGUGCUGGCCUGGCUGGCUGAGAAUGAGGAGGUGUCCAUGGAGUUCAUGCACGGUGCGCUGGAGAGAGACAAGAGAGAAGGGUUCCAGCAGACGUCUGAGCACGCUCUGUUCUCCAGUUCAGUGGUCGACAUCUUCACUCAGCUCAACCAGAGCUUUGAGAUCAUCAAGAAGCUGGACUGUCCAGACCCUUCAGUGGUGGCUCAGUACAACCGACGCUUUGCCAAGACGAUCACCAAAGUGCUGCUGCAGUACUGUGCCCUGCUGGCCAAAAGCUUCCCCUCCUACUGCGAGAAGGAGAAGAUUCCCUGUGUGCUGAUGAACAACAUCCAGCAGAUGAGGGUCCUGUUGGAGAAGAUGUUUGAGUCCAUGGGAGCAAAACAGCUGGACACAGAGGCUGCUGACAUCCUCAAUGACCUGCAGGUGAAGCUCAACACUGUCCUGGACAACUUCAGCGCUAUAUUUGCAAAAAGUUUCCAGGCUCGUAUUACGGCAUGCAUGCGUCAGAUGGCUGAGAUCCUCUACCAGAUCAAAGGACCCCCCAACCGCAACACAGCCGAGGCAGACGCUGACUCCAUGCUGAGGCCCCUCAUGGAGUUUCUGGAUGGAAACCUUAGUAUCUUUGCUGACAUCUGUGAGAAGACGGUGCUGAAGAGGAUCCUGAAGGAUCUGUGGAAGAUUGUACUGAGCAGCCUGGAGAAGACCAUUGUCCUUCCUCAGAGCAAUGACAGCCUGGGAGCCCAACUUCUCACGGCAGCUAAAGGACUCUCUAAUUUGAAGGUAAAACACAGGGGAGGCGGUGAAGCCAAAACGUUGACACCCAAACAGUGUAUCAUCAUUGAUGCAGGGCUGGAGACCAUCAAGCAAUACUUCCACGCAGGAGGAAAUGGGCUGAAAAAAGCAUUUGUGGAGAAAAGUCCUGAACUGGCCUCUCUGCGUUACGCUCUGUCCCUCUACUCCCAGAGCACAGACGCUCUCAUUAAGACAUUCGUCACUACACAACACACACAAGUGCACGACGGGAUGGGCAUAAGAAUUACCGUCAACGAAAAGACCCGACCUGACAGAGGCUCAGGGGUAGAGAAGCCAAUCGGAGAGGCAAUCCUGCAGAUUGACAUGCUGCUUGGGAAGGAACGUAAAGUCAACGUCAGAGUGAUCGCUGUGAAUGACAUGAAGUGGCAAACAUCAGGGAUGUUCCGGCCAUUUGUUGAGGUCUCCAUGGUCGGCCCUUUCCUGGCUGACAAAAAGAGGAAGUUCACCACCAAAUCCAAGAAUAACAGCUGGACAGCCAAGUUCAACGAGGCAUUCCAGUUUGUCCUGGGUAAGGAAUCCCCUGACUGCUAUGAGCUCCAGGUGACCGUGAAGGAUUACUGUUUCGGACGGGCCGACCGGGUAGUGGGCGUGGCCGUGGUUCAGCUGCGGGAUGUGGCAGACAGAAAGAGCUGCGUGUGCUGGUGUCCACUUGGCCCACGCAUUCAGACGGACGAGACGGGUCUGACAGUGAUGCGUAUCCUGUCCCAAAGACCUGCUGAUGAGGUGGCAAAGGAGUUUUUCAAGCUCAAAUCUGAAACUCGGCCUGUGGAGGAGGGCAGAUGAGUGGAGAUGCUGACUCCAGAUAAGAGACUAUAAAUCUGAUAGAAAAUCUUAAGUGACCUAACCAUGAUGACCAGGGUUGAUCAUGGUUGGAGUUUUGGAAUGAGGGCUUCAUAUCUCUCACUGCUUUGUCUGCUGUUUAUGAGCGUUGUCACCUUUAUCCUCAGUAAACACAGACCAUGAGAGCUUCUGACCUAUCUAAUUAAAGACAAAGGACAUCAAAGUAUGCAAGUAAUAGCUUGGUUGGAUUAAAAAAAAAUACUUUUAAAGAGUGAAAAAAAAUGAAAAAGUAAUCAUAUAGCCAUAAACAGAGCUAAUAUCAUAACUUUGAAGUGACAAUUUGCCAAUUUACUGGUUAAAACAGCUUUAGACCAGCUUUUGAUUGUCUGUCUUCUGUAUAUCAGACUAACAAUUUGGUAGUUUUUAUCAAUUUACAUGACUUCUGCCAGCUGUCAGACCUCAUGACAUAGCUUUUGCCAAAUUUACUUGAAUGAUUGGGUUUGUGUAUCUGUUCAGCUGACAGUGGGAAUAGAGGAAUGGUCAAAGUGUUGGCUUUAGUUUGGACUGGACAUAAAAGUAAGCUCUAAUCAACUGGUUAAUGAUCAGAAGUAACUUUGACUUGAGAUUAUUAGAGUCGCAGCAUGUCAUCCCAGAUUACUGUAUCAUCAAAGUGGGAACUUUGACCACUACCAGAUAUUGUGAUGUUCUGUUAAUUUGACUAUCCAAUACCAUCUCAGAAGACAUCACAAAAGGACAUUUCAGGAAGUUUUUCUCUACAUACGUGUUAGUGGAAAGAGAUUGAGUCUGGUAAUGUUUGUGAACACUUCACUUACAGUCAGCCCUUUCUCUCACUCUUAAAAAGCAAGACAAAAGAAAAAAAUAGUUUAUUGUGCUGGUAUUAGUGGUUUUCCCUCUUUACACACAUCUUUCAGCUAGAAGACAUUGCCAGAAUCUCAAAGCCAAGAGAUAGACAGAUAGACUUCUCAUCAUAGAAGUGCAGCUUUCCUGAAGUUACUACAUGCUAACGCUGGAGCAUCAUUUUCAUGUUGAACCAAGAGGUAUCUCAAAAUAUAAAAAACUUGGUUUCAAGACUUAUAAAAAUAAGGGGAAGACAUGCAAAUUGCAGCCGCCUUAAAAAAAGAGCUAGCUAACAGUUAACACAGCAAGCUAACAGGGCUAGCUAAAAGAGUUAGCAAACAAAACUAGCUUACAGCGCCCAACACAUGAAUGAUUUUACUAUCUAAAACACUAACUUGUAAAAGAAAAAAGGUGUUAACUUUUUUUUGUCCCAAAACAAAAGGAUUAUGGGUAGUAUAGUUUAAAUCUGGACUCCAGUGUCUCCUGUUGAACAACAUGCAGCUUCUCUAUUAAGAGGCGCAACGUCAAAGGUUUUGACUUUGUUGUUUUGCCAAGUUUCAAACUGUGAUUGUGAACACUGUUUACCCUUAAACCCACUUUGAAUGGAAUGAACCAAAAGUUUACAACCUGUUUACAUGGUUAACUAGUUUGAUCAAUUUUACUGAGAAAUACAGAACUUUUCUUUUCAUCUACUUUUCAGUUUUAAGUUAAAUGGGAUCAAAUCACAUGCCACAGCCUUGCAAUGCAUGCAGUCAACGCACCAAUAUUCUUCUGAAUACCUGAUUGGCCGUCUGCAUUAGAGAAACCAUAGAGUGGGACUUGGACUUGAAAAGAAGAGACAUGCAGGCUGGCUUUUCAGUUUACUUAAACAUGGUUUGAUCCACACUAGUGUCUGUUUACUAUGUGCCAAGGAACGCAAGUGUUCAGAGAGCCAUGACCAGCUGGCUCUGCUGAGGUUUUUUGAGUUGCUUGCCAACAGAUGUGGCUGUUGUCGAUGCUCCUAUUAUUUACUGCACUUGUGUCAAAUGUGUUUACACUGUAGGUUCCUGAAUCAAGAUGUUAUGACUGCUACAGAUUUAAAGAGAUAGUCUGGGAAACUACACAUGAGAUUUGUGUGUUGUGAGUUCAUAAAAGGGUUAUUUUACAAUGGC